AUGGCCGGCCCCAUCGCCCAGAUGAACCGGCACAGCCAGGCGCGGGAGCCCGUGCCCCACGUCGCCCUGUCGCGACAUGGCAAGUGUGAGGAAGCGGCCUACGAGGAGCGGCACUACCCAGCUGGGAAGUGGGCAUGUGUCACCAAGGGGGAGCCCCUGUAUGAGCAGAGCAUCUCCCUGAGCUUCAUGAAGCUCAUGCGCUACAUCUGCAAGGAGAACUCUGUAGGUCGCUACUUGGGCAUGACGGUCCCGGUGCUCAACGAAAUCCACCUGAACAAGGAGGGGACCGAGCUGGAGCGCGAGGUCCUAACCGCCUAUUACCUCCCAGGACAGUUCCAGCAAAACCCCCCCGUCCCCAUGGACCCGGAAAUCCACAUCACCGAGAGGGCGCCGCUCCGGGUUAUAACCAGGGUUUUCUACGGGAUAACCACAGAGGAGACGAUUCUGCGGGAGAUCGGUCUCUUCUGGGAGCUCUUGGGCUCCACAGACGCCGUGCUCCGGGAAACCUACAUCGUGGCCGUUUACCAGAACCCCAGCAUCCCUCAGCGCCGCAAUGAGAUCUGGUUCAUCCGACGGGCAGAGUGA